GAUGAGCUAAAGCAAUUCAAGAAGUCUACCGUGAAUUAGAAAGUUCAACAACAAUGUCUGCUUGACAAAUUAAAGGCAUCGAUGGGACGAUAGCAAGAAUAAGAUUUCAGCUGUGUUCAAAUAAGUGAGAAACCGGUGGAGGAGAACGCUGAUUUUAUGCCUCUUGCAGCUGCAGUUUCUAUUUUGUUGGAAGAGUUGUCUGUGCUCGGAGCAGAGGGAAGAGUGGCCAGUCCCCGACAAGUUAUGAUGGCAUUAAAAUCUCAUGCAAUUAAUUUUGAUCUUGCAAGGCAACAGGAUGCAGCAGAAGCAUUGGGACACCUUUUAUCUGCACUGAAAGAGGAAUGCCUUCAAUACAUUCAGCAAUACAUGCCACAUCAUGGUUCUUUGUCAAGUGUUUUGGCCCUUUGUGAUAGUGAGUUUACCAAUCACAGAGAUAGAGGUGAACAGAUUUCUCUGGAGGUUUGGAAUCAUUACCUUAAGAGGCCCUUGGAUGGAACCAUUGGAAGCGUAUUGACAUGUCAAAGCUGCUCAUUUCAGUCUUCAACACACUUUGAAUUCUUUCAUGACUUGCCCAUAGCACCCAUAGUAGGCAGUGAUGGUGACAUUAUGGAGGGAUGCACGAUAGACAAUUGUUUGAAAAAAUUCACUGCCCCUGAACAGAUUAGGAAUUAUCGAUGCAGUAAUUGUUCUCAUCUCGCUGCAAUUGAAGCUCUGUCUUUGAGAUUUGAAGUGAAUAAGGCUAUUAUACAGAAGAUCAAAGAUUGUAGUGAUGAUGAUAGCUGUUCUUGUGAAGCACUUGUUGCCAAAGAAGGAUUGCCCUGGCCAGCUGCUUAUAGAAAUGCUUGCAAACAACUAAGAUUAGGUUGCUGUCCAAAGGUUUUGUGUAUUCACUUACAACGUGCUUCUAUAAAUGAAAUUGGCGAGUUAAUUAAAUUAAGGGAUCAUGUCUUGUUUCCUAUAGUUUUAAAUUUGUUUCCAUACACUGUUGCUGCACAAGGAAUGAAGAGGGUAUCUUUAUUGCAUGAAAGACAGAUGCCAACAAUGCAGAGCCAGUCUAUGCUUUCACAUAUUGAUCAUUUUAAACUCCAGUUUGAUACAAAUAUAUUAUCUUGGAAUCCUUUCUUUGCUAAGGAUUCUAGCUUUUAUUCAAAUUCCAUGUCCGGUAACUGUGUUGAAAACAGUUUAUGUAACACUGUUGACCAGUUGCUCCAACCUCGAGAAAGCAAAUCUCUCAAUGAUGAAAGAUUUUCAAUGACAAAAUCUAUUACCUGCAGAACUGCUGACAGUCAUAUACAACCAGAUGAUGAAAAAAGAAAAAAUUCGAUUCAUUGUUCCGUUACACAGUGUGGAAACCCCAACAAUGUUUGCCUUGGUUCUAAAAGUAUGUCAUCAUUAUUUAGCGAUACAGAUGGUAACCAACCUUGUAGAGGCUCUCACUCUAAGAUGCAAUACAGCCCAGUUUCACAUUUACAGACCAUAGAAGAUCAAAAUGGGAACAAUAAUACAGAUGGCCUGGACAAUGCCAGAUGCAUAGGAAGUCGAAGGAGCUUGUCCUAUGGACUUAUUUCUGUUGUGCAGCACAAUGGGAAUUUGGGAAGUGGACACUAUACUGUCUAUCGUAAGGUAAAGGUCGGUAAGCAGCUCACAGAAGCACCUACAUUGUGCAUGACAAGUAAAACAGAUUAUGAAGAGGAAGCAACAUUCAUGGAUGAGAAAGAGAACACAAACUCCAAAGACAGUGAAUUUGCCAGAACUGGUAAUAAGAAUAUGGCUAACUCUGAUGUAAUUUGGUUCAGAAUUUCAGAUUCUCAUGUAGAGAGAGUGACAGAAAAAUGUGUUCUUGGAGCAUAUGCAAGUAUGCUUUUCUAUGAAAGGCUUGAAGAUGCCGAGUACUAAUCAAUAUCUAUUGCAGUUGGUAACUUACUUUCUUGGUAAUCCAUGAACAAUGAUAUAUGUAUUUUUCUCAGUAAUAAUUCAAUGGACUCUUAGUGAAGAUGUUCCUGAAUUUGUUUGGUGUACCAUCGGGUUUCUUGUAUUGCUGAUGUCUCCUCAAAAAACAUGGUUGGAGCACCAUUUAUCAAGAGACAAGAAGUUGGAUAGAUAAUUUUUCUGUUGACAGGCAGAGUCCUAAGUUCUUACCUUUAUUGCAAUGGGAAUGCUGUAAAAGGUGUUGGGAAUUACUGGUGGCACCUUAGGUGUGGUCUAAAGUUUUCUUCUUUGGGAAGAGAUUUCACAAUUCAAUUAUUUGGGACUGGGCUUUAUUACAAGUGUCUCAAAACGUUUUUAAUAUAAGCAGCUCCCAGUCUGGCUUUUCAGAAUAUAUUCAUCACUCAAAAUGAAUUUCAAAGGUAUAUGUGCUAUGAACAAUUUACAGCAUAGAUGGUAUAUACUUAUGUACAUUACUCUA